CCAAUCAAGAACGAUCAGGAGCGUGAGGCCAGACGGAGCUACUAGACUCCAGCUUAAAAACUAAAUAAGAUGCGAGAAACCGGGCCAGCAAGGCGUGUCCCGCCCAGGGAAGCACCGGGGACUGCCCGGCCACUACCCACCUCAAAGCCCUGCAGAGCCCUGCGGUUUCGGGAACCACCUGCAAGCCCGGCCCCGGCGACACUUCAUUUGCGCAACUGCACAUGCGCCACGGCCUUGGCUCAAAGUGCUCGGACCCAUGGCAGCGCGGCCGUCGCGCAGGCGCACUGGUGUACUGGCCUCUGCCGGGAGCGCCGCCGCCUCCCCGCCGCCAUGGCAGCACCCGCGCCCGGUCUCAUCUCGGUCUUCUCCAGCCCGCAGGAGCUGGGCGCGUCGCUGGCGCAGCUGGUGGCGCAGCGGGCCGCGAGCUGCCUGGAAGGGGACCGUGGCCGCUUCGCGCUUGGCCUGUCAGGCGGCAGCCUGGUCUCCAUGCUAGCCCGAGACCUGCCCGCCGCCGCCGCUCCCGCUGGACCAGCCAGCUUUGCGCGCUGGACGCUCGGCUUCUGCGACGAGCGCCUCGUGCCCUUCGACCACGCCGAGAGCACGUACGGCCUCUACCGGACACAGCUGCUCUCAAAGCUGCCCAUUCCAGACAGCCAGGUCCUUACCAUCAAUCCUGCCCUACCUGUGGAGGAUGCUGCAGAGGACUAUGCCAGGAAACUGAGGCAGGCCUUGCAAGGAGAUGCUGUCCCUGUGUUUGACCUGCUGAUCCUGGGAGUGGGCCCUGAUGGCCACACCUGUUCGCUCUUCCCUGACCAUCCCCUCCUACAGGAGCGGGAGAAGAUCGUGGCUCCCAUCAGUGACUCCCCAAAGCCACCACCACAGAGGGUGACCCUAACGCUUCCUGUGCUGAAUGCAGCCCGAAGUAUCAUCUUUGUGGCCACGGGGGAAGGCAAGGCAGCUGUGCUGAAGCGCAUCCUGGAGGACAAGGAGGGCACGCUGCCCGCCGCCUUGGUGCAGCCGCGCACGGGCGCCCUCUGCUGGUUCCUGGACGAGGCAGCUGCACGGCUGCUGUCUGUGCCCUUCGAGAAGCAUUCCACGUUGUAGGGGGUGCGCCAUGCACGCCGUGGGCACUUCGGGACGAGCUGCGGAUUAAACAGCUUUGCUGGAA